UUAUUAAAAGUUUCAUUGUAACACCAAUGAUUAAGAAUAUUACUUUUUAGGAAUGGAAGAUGGUGACUCGGUAACACUUACCAAAACUGAGAGAGUUAUCAGAUUAUUCGACAAGCUCUUCAUCAACUUAUACAUCAAACCCCUCGGAACAUUCAUUUAUUUAUUAUGCCUUAUAUCUUUUAUUGCCAUCCUCAGUGCUCUUGCGUUUUUAAUUCAUCCGAUUGAAAUAGACUUCUCAUUGAGUUCCCUGAUUGUUCCUACGCAUCAUGCAUCUCUGAAGCUUCAAUCAUACCUAGCUGCUAAACAUGCCAUGGCUAAUGGCAUGGAAGAGGGUUCCUUUGUCCGGGAAACCAGCAACAAAAGUAACUUUCAUUCAAUCAACAAGCGGUCGUAUGCUUCGAAUCCCUUCAAAGCUCCCCCUGGCUUGACAUUCCAGACACCUUACUCUCAGACAGCUCUAUAUCCGUUCUGGACGUUAGACGUGGUGUUUGUUGCAGUGGGAAAUAACUCCAAUAUGUUAACGGAGGACAGAGUUCAGUAUGUUAAGUAUGUGGAACAGGAGAUUUCAGAACACAAAGAUUACAGCAGAUUCUGCCUGAUGACACGUUCCCAAACAUACAGUGAGGGGUGGCAGUGCACGCCCAGCAAUUCAAUCACCACAUACUUCUACCCCUCUAUCCUUAAUGGAGAACGAGUAUUCGACGGUAACGGGCCUCGUUCAAAAGACGCACUUCCCGAUGUACUGCGCUACGCUUUCAGUGUCUCAUCUAAAUCGUAUUGGUUUGUCGACGAGAACUUCACCCCUUACAACAUGCAGUCCCAACAUUUGAGGUCUCAGUUCCUGUUUGGGUUCCCCAUCAAGGGUUUCCGAGAUUGGAGCCAAACGAGGGAGGAACAGAGGGAGCUGUACAAGGAAUUCAUAAAAUCCUACAUUCCAAUCCUCGAUCAAAAGUCAACAGACUCCGUGAAAGUCUAUUACGGUUCAACGGAUCUGUACGAUUACCAGGCGUACUGGCUGUUUUGCGAGGAUCUCAAGUUAGCGAUAUUCGCUCUUGUCAUUGUUUACAUCUACAUGUCAAUACACACCUUCUCGCUCAUUCUGGCCUUCUUUGCCGGGGCCUGUAUUCUUGGGAGUAUCGGGGCUAGUUACUUUAUUGUUCGGGUUUUGUUGGGCCACAUUAAGAUGAAUGUUCUUAACGGGAUAUCAUUGUUUGUUAUUUUGGGGAUCGGGGUUGACGAUGCGUUCGUUUUUAUAGACACUUAUAAACAAAAUGGCUUCAUAUUGGAUCCAGCGGUGAGGCUUAAAAAGACAUUCCAGAUUGCAGGGAAAGCGACUCUGUUCACCUCUGCCACCACAGCAGUAGCAUACUCAGCGAAUAUCUUCAGCAAGAUCCCAGCUGUAUCCAACUUUGGGUACUGCAUGUCUCUUCUAGUUGUCACGUGCUAUGUUAUUGUAACGUUACUAAUGCCGGCGGUAUUAUCGCUGUGGCAUGCAACUGGAAUUGAGGAGAAGGAGAAGAGAUUAGAGGAAUGUUUCGGGAGACCUCUUCAGAGAAUAUUCCCCUGGUGUAGCACAGAUAAAGAGUACCAAGUACGGUACGCCCCCACCUCUACAGUAGACAGAGACUACGAGAACCUGGCUCCAGCUGAUCUUACUCUUACUCCUAACAACCUAUACGAUAGGCUGGGCGAGAUGCCGGCUGAAGCUAUUGAGGAGCCUCUCUAUGAAGUGAUGAGCGGAGAGAACGUCUAUGAUAGGGUGGAUCUAGGUCGAAGAGAGCGAACUAUCCGUCACGCCACCCUCUCCGGAGCCACCUCCUUCACAGGUGAGCCGCGCAUACGACACGGCACUCUCUCCAGCGAACACAGACAGGAGACAGUGGCCAGCAGUAAGCUGGAGGAUGAUGAUAGUGGUGUUGAUCCUGAGGAGGGCAGUGAUGAGGUCUCUAUUGCGUGCCCGGCUGGACGAGCUGAUUCUGAAGCGUCAGAUGUCAAAGAACCAUACGGAAACAGGCCAAACACACAGGUGUACGUUAUGGUGGCCCCGGUGAGAGGUAAGGACGGUUUAACGAGCUUGACCUGGUUACAGAAGCUGAUGAGAAACUGUGUCGCUCCGUUCAUCGUCAAAAUGAGAUACGUUUCGAUAGUGGUAUUUGCUAUAAUCCUCGCUUUCUCUGUCUGGGGUGGAACACAGAUCCAAACACCCAAUCAUCCGCCGGAGAUCUUCCCACGUGACAGUAACAUCCAGCACUUUAUCAACCUCAGCUACGAUUUUACUAGCACUGAGAGGUGUGACAAAUGUUCGGGUUACUUCGCAGACCGUAGUUCUUUACUAGACAGAGCUAAGAAACUACCUUCCUAUAACGCUAACGAUCAAAAACAUUUCCCUAACGGCGGCGGGCUGGACCCAAGUGUACUGAAUGGUGGAGGGUCGAGCGGCGGAAGAGGAAACAGCGGACAAUCAGGCACUGGUGCAUACAGUUCUGAUAGCGGCAAAGAUUUCCUCUCCUCGCCUCCGCAAGUCCAACCCAACGAGAAUAACGAAUACGUCAUCCCUAUUAAUGUCCACCAGAAAGAUCCAGGAAUAGUUGACCUAUGUGAAGAUAAUGUGUGCUCUUUGACACACGCAAGAGAGGACAGUGCUAGUACAGCUGAAGUUAUACUGGUAUUCGGGAUCAAAGGAGUUGACAUGGCUCACCUGAAGAAUCAUGUUAGUAGUCUUGAUGAGGGUAUUCCUAUAUUCGACGAGAACUUUCGCAUCAACAAAAACGUUUUCGAUGCUUUUUGUCGGAUUUGCAGAAACACUUUGGCUAGAAAAGAUCUGAUCAAAGAUAUCAGUGGCCAACAAGACUGUGGUGCCGUGUGUGAUUCUAACAAAAUGCUAAUGGUGAGCAGAGUGAGGAGUUGGGUGCCCAAAUAUCUUGGUUAUCACACCGAUAAGAAUAUCACUAUCGUCGAUUGGAUCGCUCUUCCCUUCAGAUCGACGACCCCAAAUGGAGUGUCAAACUGUAAAGCGUACCACCACUGGGCCAAAUGGCAAGAGUUCGUUGACCAACAGAAAGAAGAUCCAGCAUUUCCACCAGAGCUGGCGUCUCUGUUCCAAACAUCAGACAGGUGGUCGCACGUGUUCACUGAGAUCGUGCUAGUAGACGGGGCUAUCAGAGGCAUCGCUAUAUCUCUCUGGUUCUGUAUCAUGGCUACUAUCAUAUUCACCGGUCACCCAGUUCAGACACUAAUUGUAAUGUCUACCAUAGUCUGUGAGAUUGGAUUUGUGUUUGGCUGUUUCUCCUUUGUUGGUCUAGAGCUGGGCGCUGUUGAGGCGAUAUCUCUAGCUAUCCUGGUAGGAACUAGUGUGGACUAUUGUGUUCAUUUAGUUGAGGGUUACAGGAUCGCCGGUAAAACAGCUCCUCCUGAUACAUGGGACGGCUCUAUUAGAGGCUGGAGGUUGAGACACGCUCUAAAUCACAUUGGUGUCCCAAUAGUGAGUAGUGCCAUAACAACUGUCCUUGCAGCGUGCACCCUCUCCCUCACCCAGAUUCAGAUGUUCUCCAGGUUUGGUAAGAUACUGGCCCUAACAAUGACCCUCAGUCUGGUGUACACCCUCUUCAUGGCCGGAUCUCUCCUUGCUGUGUUCGCCCCUGCCAAAUUCUCUGGAUCAAAGAAAUCUUCUCUAAAAGGGCUGGUCAUUGCAAUCGUACUGACUUGUGCUGUAAUUCCUCUCCCUUUGUACCUCUUCAAAGAAGCUAUCAUCUGCUAGCAGUGGCUUCUAUCUUUCACAUUUGAUAAGUUUUAAACCGCAGAUUUUAUACCCUUCAUUUUGAAUGUCCUCCAUGAGGUCAAGGUAAAUCAUAUUAAACGAAACUUCGUUACGUCACAAAGUACCACGUUACGUCACAAAGUAUCACGCUACGUCACACCACGUGACUUCGUCAUAUCAGGACUGUGGAAUUUGUAAUAAUCGUCACAGAAAAUGAACUCGGAAACCGAAUAAUUUGUAUUUUCAACUAAAAUUAUUUGAUUUAACUGAUGAUAUUUUAUUUUAAAAGAUGCUUAUGUUUACAGAGAUUUAUUCUCCAUUGAUAAUUUAUAUUUUUUCUUUUAUCUUACCAUAUUUACAGCAUAACGUUUCAGUAAGUUAUGUCCUUGCAAAAUUGAAGUAACAUUUAUAUUUUGAUCCUCCAUAUGCUGUAAAUAGGAUGUAAGAGUAACAUGGGAAGAUAGGCCCAAUUCUUAUGAGAUAUUAAAUGAAUAUCUUGAGAGUAUGUAUAAAUCUGUUUAUCAUUACAUUUUAUUGUUUAUCAUAUAUAUGAUUUUGUACCGCAAUUACAAA